GCGACAGUGCUAACCUCUGUAAAACCGUGCCGCCCAGCUGCCGUCCUGCUUGCCAUUCUCCAGUGACAAAUGAGGUUCAACAGGAGCUGAGGGCAAUGGAAAGAGCAUGCUCACUGCCAGGGUGAACGGGAUCUCUCUCGCUGCUCGGCCGUGAGUGACUUUUGGGUUUCCAGACACGCCCUAACCACCGGGGCUGCCAGUUCUCUGAGGAGGAGGAGGAUCGGGUGAAAGUGGAGCGGAGGGAGCGAAGAAACCGUCCCCUGUCAGAAGUAUGCGGGGCUCGUCCUUUCAGACCUUACGUCAGCCCGGACUCUUUAACAGGCUGUCAGCCCGGGACGCAGACAGAGGCGCGCGGAGAUGACAGCGACGGGAAGAGGAUGUAGCACACCUGCGGAGUGCGGUGCGUCGUGCGUUUAAGAACGGGACUAAUUCUGGAUUCAAUGCAUUUGCGGUUCUCCACCAGUGAUGAGUUGGCUCCUGUUGUGGAUUCUAACAGCAGCCGGGAUUCAACAGGCCUACUCCCAGAAUUCCACUGCCAUGCCACCUGCCACAGCCGUCACAUCCCCCGCUGGGGACCUGUACAACCGGACACAGUACUGCAAGUGGCCCUGCGAGUGUCCUGAGGUCACCCCUACCUGUCCGCUGGGUGUGAGUCUCCUCAUGGACGGCUGUGACUGCUGCAAGGCCUGCGCCCGGCAGGUGGGCGAGGUGUGCAACGAGGCAGACACAUGCGACUACCACAAGGGACUGUACUGUGACUACAGCUCGGACAAGCCUAGGUACGAAAAAGGAGUGUGUGCAUAUAUGGUGGGAACGGGCUGUGAGCAUGAUGGCGUGAUCUACCGUAAUGGGCAGAGCUUCAAGCCCAGCUGUAAAUACCAGUGUGUGUGUGUGAACGGUGCCAUCGGCUGUGUGGCACUGUGCACAGAGUCCCAGCCUCCCCGGGUGUGGUGCCAAACCCCACGCCGGGUCAAAGUCCGGGGACAAUGCUGUGAGCAGUGGAUCUGUGAUGAGCCCAAGAGAGGGCGCAAGACGGCCCCACGCCAUGCAGUCGAGGCUUUCCCAGCUGAGACCAGGAGCUGGCACAAGAACUGCAUUACCCAGACUACCUCGUGGAGCCCCUGCUCAAAGACCUGUGGCCGCGGUCUGUCCAUGAGGAUCUCUAACGCCAAUGAGCAAUGUGAGCUGGUCAAAGAGUCACGUCUCUGCAACCUGCGGCCCUGUGAGGUCGACAUCACCAAACACAUCAAGCCAGGAAAAAAAUGUCUCAACAUCUACAGGGAGGAUCAGCCCUCAAACAUCACCAUCUCUGGCUGCACCAGCAAGAAGCAGUACAGGCCCAAAUACUGUGGCGUCUGCACUGACGAGCGCUGCUGCAUCCCCUACAAGUCCAAGACCAUCGACGUGGAGUUUGAGUGUCCCAACGGGUCGGGAUUCACCUGGAAGAUGAUGUGGAUCCAGGCCUGUUUCUGCAACCUCAGCUGCAAAAACCCCAACGACAUCUUCGCCGAGCUGGAGAGUUACUAUGGUUACCCUGAAGUCGUUAACUAAAGAGGUGACACGUCAGACAUGCUCUCUGCCUGUGGAAGCAUCUGACUUAUUUCUGACUUCUUUUUCUUAUGCAAUGUUUUGUAUUUGUAAUGUGUAUGAUUAUGUACAAGGGAUUUUCUUAUGGUCUUUUUUCCUAUUGGAAAAAUUUGUAUAUAUGAAAUAUAUAUGUGUCUCCAGAAUGGAUUCAUAAAGCAUGAUGUGCUUUUAAGAAUAUUUGAAGAAGUGCUUUGCAAAUGAAAAUAUUCAGCCAUUGAGUGUGUGAAAUAUUGAAGGCUUAAUUUAUUUAUGCAGCUUUUGGCAUAAAAUAACAUAUGUGAUGUUCUUGAGCUGCUUUCAAGAACAGUCAAACAUGGUCUUUAAACUCACAAACCAACUUAGGUAAUGAGGCUGAUGUGCCGAAGCUUUACUUUUGAAGAUUGUUUUUUGUUUACAAAUGACAUCUUCAAAUAAAAAAAGACACAAUCGUGACAGAUCUGUUACAAGGUUUUUAUUGUCAUUUUUUUAAUAAAUACAAACUGUUAUGUCAUUUUAAUGCUUUUCUACAGCAUUAGACGGUUGUGCAUCGCAUCUUUACAAAGCUGUGUAUGUGUUCUACAAAGCAAAUGUUGCUGUAGUGCAAGUAAAAUACGGGAGUAGAAGGUGUCAGGUAAGUUCUAUGGCUAUCCUCAUAUUAACAUGUGGACCUAUGACGUCACUCACCCAAAAAUCCACAACCACAUAGGAGCAUCACAUCUAGAAAGUGAACAAUUCCAUGGCACAUCUUUGUUCCAUUGUGCUUGAUUGCAUAGAAAUCAUCAUUUUAAAAAAAGAGGAAAAAAAACAUUUUUUUUUGUCUGAGGCCAUGAUCCAUUAAUAAAGCAUAAGAUGUAAAAGCU